AUGACUGCAACCAAGAAGAUGAAACUGGAAAAAGCGACGCUCCGGCCACGCUGCUCCAUCCCGCUCCGUUUCUGUUCCGCAGGGCAGUGCGGCCGCGUGCUCCCUCCCCGCCUCGGCUCGCUGCAGGUGAUCCACGGCAACGGCACGGCCCUGGGGACCGUGAUAACCUUCCAGUGCUCCGCCGAGCACCAGCUGGAGGGGCAGGCCGUCAUCAGCUGCGUGUGGAAGGGGAACGCUACGCAGUGGACCGCCGGAGUGCCCGCAUGCAAGCCUGUAUCAAAAUACGAGACUUUUGGAUUCAAGGUAGCAGUGAUUGCCUCCAUAGUGAGCUGUGCCAUCAUUCUGCUGAUGUCUAUGGCUUUUCUAACUUGUUGUCUCAUCAAGUGUGUGAAGAAAAGUGAAAGAAGGAGAACUGAAAGAGAGAUGCAGCUCUGGUACCAGCUCAGAAGUGAAGAACUGGAGAACAUGCAAGCUGCUUACUUUGGUUAUAAAGGAAGGAAUAAUAACAACAACAACAAAAAACUCAGGAAUAAAUCAACGUUUGAGGAUGUGACUAGCAUGGCCUAUGACAACCAAGGCUUCUACAGGUUGCAGGAGGAGUGGACGCGGGACACGGCAGCCCCGGGAUGCAGCAAGGACAGCGCCCGCCUGCCCGGGCCGCACGUGGGCAGCGGGGCCCCUGCGGCACGAGCCGGGCCGGGACCCGGCGCCGCGAGUUCCCUGCACGUCGUUGAGGAGGAAGACCUUAUUUUUGCGUCAGCUGCUCUGCGUCUCGAGGCCGGUGGGAUUCUGGCCGUGCCCCGGCCGGAGAGGCAGGGGCGCCGGGCGCUCCGGAGCGGGAUGCUGCUGCAGGGCGGCUUUGCCACCCGGAGCACGAAGCCCGUCUGCACCCGCGUGGCUCAAACCAUCAUUGCAGCGUCCCCAUGA